UAUGUGGAGCUCAGCUCCCGCCAGAUCUGACAUCAGACGCUUUAAUGUUCAACGUCAAUGCUUCAUCAUACAUAGUAGGUGAGGUCCAAAGCACUUGCACUGACAACACAUCGUGUCGUCGUUGUUGCUACCGUUGCUACUCCCUCGUCUGUGUUCAUACUUUGUUGAUACUUCACUUUUCUCUUCACAUGAGAACGAGUAAAAUCUUCCAUCGUCUUUCCUAGUUAUACCUACCUAUCCUUCCGCUCUUAUUAUCUUAUCUUCAACCUUGCAUACCUAUCCACCUAAUCACCGUCCAUAUCCUCCCAGCCUCUCCUCUUCAUGGAACUCGCGCCGAAACGUCAUUCCCAACGCUCAUAACGAAUGACACCCGUUUUCCUUUUUCGAUCCGUACCACUAAGAUCCGUACCACUAAAAUCCAUCAAAACGAGACCGUCACCAUUACUCACCACCAUCACCACCACAGCUGCCGCUGCCGUUAGCGCUGUCGCAUAUCAUCAGUCCCCGAACAACAGUACUUGCCUCAACACACUUCUUCUCCCUAACAUCAACAACAUCAGCAACCCCUCAACUUCCUGCGCCGCAACUAUCCUUACCCUCGGACCCAGUUCUACUACUACGCUUAUCGGAAGAAGUCAGAGUAGAAAUUUCAGUACCACAACAACGACGAAUCUCUGGUGGUCAGCACUCAAAAGUAAUCUCAACAUGGCGUGGUACUCAUCGGGCGGAAGCAACGCGGAGCUGGUGGAGAAUUUGUGGAGGAAUGGGUUGAUUAAGGAGGAGAGGGUGAAGGAGGCUUUUUUGAAGGUCGACAGAGCCCACUACGCCCCCACCUCCCCUUACUCCGACUCCCCCCAACCCAUCGGCCACGCCGCCACCAUCUCCGCCCCCCACAUGCACGCCACCGCAAUCGAACACCUCCUGCCCUCCCUCCUGCCCUCCCCCUCCCGCCCGGCCCCUCGUGUCCUCGACAUCGGCUCGGGGUCAGGCUACCUCACGCACGUGCUCGCCGAGCUCGUCGGUUCCGAAGGCGGCACCGUCGUCGGUCUCGAACACAUUCCGGCCUUGCGCGACCUCGGCGCGCGCAACAUGGCCAAGUCCGCUGAAGGCCGCGACUUUCUCGAGACAGGCCGGGUGCGGUUCCGUGUGGGUGAUGGGCGGAAGGGGUGGCGCGAGACGACGUCGGAUUCGGCGGCUACGGAUGGCGCAAGUGCUGCUACGACUGGUACUACUGCAAGAAGAAGACGGGAGUCGAGCGUGGAUGAGCGGUCGCCGAUGGGGGAGGUGGAAGGGCAAGGAGAGAGAAUGGGGGAGGAUAAGGAUGAAGGGAAGUGGGAUGCGAUUCAUGUGGGGGCGUCGGCGAAGGAGAUACAUAAGGAGUUGAUCGAUCAACUGAGGAGUCCGGGACGGAUGUUUGUGCCUGUUGAUGAUGAUGAGAUGGGACUGGGGCAGCAUGUGUGGUUGGUGCAGAAGGGGGAGGAUGGGGAGGUUAGUAAGAGGAGAUUGUUUGGGGUGAGGUAUGUGCCUUUGGGGGAUCCGCCUCGGGCUUGAUACUUUUUGUGGGAUGAGGGAAAGGGAUGUGAUGGAAGUGAUGGGGAUGGGAGACGGAUGGGUAGAGGUAUACGGACGGGGCGGGCUGCAAAGAGAAGGAAAGAGAUUGAGUAGUAGGCAGUAGGUAGUAGCUUGCGCAUAAUACAUUAUUCGCUUGAAAUGACC